AUGAAUGAAAAGAGAGAGAUACGAUUACAUACAAAGAGACUAUCAACUCUUGGUGAAGUAUCUGUAGGACAAGCUGAAAGAAUUUCGAUAGUUUUAUCAUGCUCUUUGAUUUCUACAGUUUCUGGCAAUCAAUUAGUUGAAGCUAAAACAUGUUCACUUUCAUCAAAUACAACCAAUGUCAAUACCAAUUCAUUAUUCAAGAAUAUGACGGUCCAAAUUAGUUGUGGAACUAAUAAUUGUCCGUAUAAAGGAGUUGGGUUUGAUGAAGUUUUCCAACCAGGUAAUCUCCACAGUGUACCAGAAAUAUCGGCCGAACAAAAUGUAACUGUUUUUUACGAUGGAAAUACAAUUUGCAUAUCGUUUCCCAAAGUAUCCAAAGUCGAUUGUGGAGCCGAAUCCAAAUCUGUUGAAUGUGUUGAAACCUGUUUCAAUGUGACUGCUGACACUCAAGACCACUACUUUAUCACUGAACAAUCAUCUGAUUGCAAAGGUUCUACCACCGUCGUUGGACAUCACCUAUUAACCUAUCCAACUACCAACAAUUCAAAUAGAAUAAUGGUUCCAUCAUGUAUAAUAUUAUUAUUCCUCUUUAUCUUUACAUCAUUAUAA